AUGAGCAGCUAUUUAUGGAAAAAGAAGGUCCAAGAACCUGAGAUACAACUGCCUGAGAGAGAUGCUAGAGUAUUAGAAAAGUAUACACACAAGAUGAAAAAGUUUGAUGAGAUGAUCAAGGUGUGCUGCUGUUGGAUUGGUUACGAUGUGUUGCUGGAAUUCAUCCCCAUCUUUGGUAAAGUGAUAUCCUUGUAUUUUGCGCUGUCUUUGUAUCGAUUAGCGUGUCAAUGUGAUUUGCCCAGAUCAAUCAAGCGACGCAUGUUGUAUCAUGUCAGCAUUGAUUUUCUGCUUGGCUUGAUACCCAUUCUAGGCAUCCUCUUGGAUAUGUUGUACAGAGCUCACAGCAAAAAUGCACGCAUAUUACGAAGAUUCUUGUACGAAAGAGCUAGACAAGGUGCGAAUAAAGCAGAAUCAGCGGCAUUGGAUGUAGGGAAGGAGCAUGAAAACAAUCAUUUAUCAGAUCCAACUAGCGUUUUGAUGGAAAAAGAUCGACAAAAUCAGUUAUCCAAAACGAAAUAA